AGGGAGCCACCGCUGAGCGCCCGGCGGCGGCCGCUGCAGGAUGGACGAGCACACCGGGAGGGUGAAGUCCUACAACCCCUCGAAGGGCUGGGGUUUCGUGGAGUGCCCCGAGACCAAGGAGAAGUACGGGAAGGACAUCCUCUUCCAGUCGUCGGAGCUGUGCGGCAGGGACGCGAAGCCCGGAGAGGAGGUUACGUUCCAGGUGAAAGACGGCAGGAACGGCCCGAUCGCGGUGUCGCUGAGCUUCGCCACCGAGGGGCCGUCCCCGCCGGCGGGCUCCUACUCCGGGAGCGUGAAGUCGUACAACCCCGUCAAGGGGUGGGGCUUCAUCGAGUGCGCGGAGACCCAGCAGGUGUACGGGAAGGACAUGCUCUUCCAGAGCUCGGAGCUGCGCGGCAGGGAGGUCCAGAAGG